CAACGGUGAAGUUGACUAACGGCGCGCGGGUCAACAAACUGAAUUAAGUACGCCAUUGUUCCGCGGCUGUAAAAGUGACUUUAGCUGCGGAGACAUUCAUUAUGGCUGGAAAGGGUAUUCGAGUGGAACCCCCGUUCCUAGAAUUCAAGGAUAUGAAAGUUGGGGAAGUUUACAAGAAGGCAGUCUCGAUAACAAAUAUUGGGAAAGUAUCCAGGAAGAUAUUUGUUGAAAAGCCAGCGCUGAAGAUCUUUAAAUUAAUCAGAUUGGGUCAAGCUUGGUUUUUGCCACCGGGCUUUUGUAUUAGAGGCACGCUGGAGUUCACUCCAGUUACUGAGGAGAAGGUCAAAGACUCCAUUCAGAUAAUUAUAGACGAUGAGGAGCUCCUUGAAGUUCCGGUAACAGGACUUCCCAGGUUUCCCUCUUUCACCAUGGACUCAUUGCUAGACUUUGGAUGCCUUGUCGCGGACAGUCAAGUGGUCAAAAAACGUCAUCUAAUUAUCAACAACGGAUCAGCACCUGGUCGAUUCGAAGUGAAGCAUAAGAGGAGUGAAUCGUUCUCCCUCCAUAUCCACCCGUCACACGGAAUCGUAGAAGGUGGUUCCACCAUGUGGCUGAUAGUAGAACUGCAUGCAGACAGACCUGGGCGUAUUGCUGAAGAAGCUCUGGUGAAGCUCCAGGAUUCCCCAGCUGUUCUUAGUAUCAAGGCUGAAGUGGUGGAGCAGCAUCUUGAGGUUUCUGACAUGCAGGGCUCCCCCCUUUCCUGUUUGUGGUUUGGACCUGUCUACUUUGGGGCCUCCAGCGAGCAGAAAGUGGUACUAAGAAAUAACUGUCCCAUUUCUUGUGACUGGGUCUGCCUGCUGCUGGAUAAAGCUGUUGGUAUUGAGGCUGGAACAGAACUUCAGAAGAGCACAGGCACCGCCCUGCUGGAGAGGAUGAAGAACUGCAGCUCAGCCAGACAUUUUGCUUUCCAGGUCUUGGAGUGUGUGCCUGCACAUGGUCGACUGGAUCCAUAUCACACAACCACAGUGGUAGUACGAUUCAGUCCCAAAUCCAGGAGGAGGUGGCGUAGUACUUUACCUAGGCGACAGGACUACUCUCUGUUUCUCGUGUUUGAUAUUGUGAGCUGCAAACAUGGCUUCACUCAACCUACAGUUGACAGCAGCGUGGAGGUGGCAGUAACCGGUUCCGGAAUCCCCGUGGCUCUGGUGCCGUCUCCCUCUGACACGUUUGAUUUCUCCCACUGUGCAAUGGGCCAACAUUCAGAUCUUCUGUGCGUGCUCCAGAACCUCUGCCCUCAACUUCCAAUCAGAUUCCGCUUUCGCAAGUUGGCACACUUUACUGCCCAUCCACCAACGGGAACCAUUGCCCCUGGGCAGUGCCAGGAUGUAGUUUUGACUUUUAAUGCACGGCAGCAGGGAACCUUCCAGGUGCGUCAGAAGGUAGACGUCCUAGGUUGGGUUGCGUCUCAGAAAAAUGGCUGCUCCAAUGAAGUUGGCUGCUUCCACACAAUAUUGUUACACCUAUCUGCAAUAUGUGACAGUGUGAGGAUACCCCCACAACCAAAACUACACUCUGCUCUAAAGUGUCCCACCGGGUUACGGCCUUGCGUCCAGUUGAGAGAUCUGGAUCACUGCAGCAAGUUGGGCCGUAUUGCCACCGCAAAGCUACACAAGCAUCGCAGGGACAUGAGCCCAAUCACAGAUAUAAACGAGUUCCUGGCUUUCCCCAAUGAUCGGGCCGCGAGCAUCAGACCAGCAUCACCACACACACAAUAUAGGACCAUUUUUACCGGAGUGCGACGCUACCGCUAUGUGGACCGCACCUAUGCUUUCACUAAGGAUGAGGACGAGCUGAGACGGCGCAACCAGCAGACUUACAUUAACUUUAUCAAGCAAAGAUGGCAUGAGAAGACCCCACAGACUGGGAAUGACGGCGUUCUUGAGAUUGAUACACAUAAUGGACUUGUUCCUCCUGUGUUCAACAUCAGAGACCUGGACAGCACCAAGAACUCAGACAGGGACCCUAGUUGCAGUUCAAAACACUCGAGUGAAAUUACAAACAGUGGGGACAGUCAGAUUUUUGAAGCAGUGAAUACAGUUCCAUCUACCAGACAGCAGGUGGCAGACUGUAGGAGGACUCUGGCUCCUCUGGAGCUCUACCAAGUCGACAUAACUCCCUCGUCUGUGAACUUUGGCACAGUGGCUGCGCAGUCAGUGUGCUCUACUAAUGUGCAUCUCGUCAAUCGCCUGCCGGUGCACGUCUGGGUUGAGCUGGAGGUGGACUGCGUUGAGCUGCAGGGCUCCUCAAUGCUGUCCCAAGUCUUGCCUCCUUUCUUCCACAGCAUCUUGCCCCUGACGUUUCAGGGCACGCUGCAUGGCCGCUUCAGAAGGUCCUUGAGCUACACUGUCAACCAGCAGCACCCUGGUCAGAUCCUAGUCCAAGCUGAGGUGGUCCCCUUGGCUCUGGAGCUGUCCAGCAACCUGGUGGUGCUCACCCCCAACCCAGUGUUGCUCGCAGGAUCAGAGUACAGAGGCAUAGUGACCCUUCGAAAUCUGUCCAACUGUGUAGCAGAAUUCUCCUGGAGGCCAGUUAUCCCAGAGAGCGGCCUGCUGUUAUACUCUAUUCGACCAUCUACAGGCGUGGUGGAGCCACACAUGGAAAUAGACUGCGAGAUAAAUUGGCAUCCCGGUUUUAAUUCCCCUACUGAGGGAGACUUUGACCUUUUUGUCCAAGAGGGAACCCCCCAGCGCCUGCACUGUGUUGCCAAGGUUGGAUCCACUACUGUCGAGCUGGCAGAAAAGAGAAUCCUUUUCACCUCGGUACCUCUCAACACAACUUCCGUCAGAUCCACUGUCCUGCACAACUCUGGACAGUACCACGCCUAUUUUGAGGUUGUAGACAUUUGCCCUCUGCCUGGCAUGGUAGUGAGUCCAUCUGUAGGUGUUGUACCAAGCAGAGGUCAGGCCAUGAUUCGCAUUCAGUUCAACCCAGACUGUAUCUUUAAAUUUGAUUCCAAGAUUGAGAUAGCGAUGAAGACCAUGAAGUCCAUCCAGCUAAGAGUUGGAGGAUCAGUAGAGCCUCCGAAUGUAACUUUCAGCAAGUUUAAUUUUCAGUUCUGUGGAGUCCACAUUGGAUCUCAACAGAGGAUUCCUUUCUCCAUAACAAACCACUCUGCGGCUCUUUCCCAAGUCACUUUUGAUCUGUCAAAAUACAAAGACUUCUCAAUCAAAGGCCGCCAGCCCUCCACAAAAAAGGAGCUGGGAAUAACUGUGAUGGAGGUUGGUAGUGGUCAGACAGAGGAGUGUUUCCUUGUCUUUUCUCCCACGCAGGUGACCGACUACAACUUCGUACUGCCAAUAAUGGUCAACGGAGUUAAAUGGCCCACUUCGUUGCCCUCUUUUUUCACCUUACCUUCGUCUUCUACUACUCUACUGCUGACACCUGACAGCAGGAAGACUAUGACGACGUCUACCACUUUAUCCACAGACGAAGAACAGUCAUUGUCAGUAGAUGCCACAGGGUUGUUUGCCCCAGUGGAAAUGUCCUCCACUCGCCUGCAGUUUGUUGUUGUGUCACAUUCUCCUACAUUCCCUCAGAUCGUCGAGCUGAAAGCUAAGGGUGAACAGAGCAUCUGCUGGAAAGCUGUCGCAGGAGAAGGCGUCCGUUGGUGGUUUGACCUUGGCACCGCAGAAGAGCUGUGCGCGGUGGCUCCAGCGUUUGGCAUUCUCAGGCCUGGCCAGUCCGUGUGCUUGGCAGUCACCAUCAACCCUGAGGCCACGAAAACAGGAGAAAAAAUAACCAAAGUGUCCAUUCCAAUGUAUUUAAGAGGGGAGGGAGAGGAAGGAAGACAAAUAAAUGAAGAACAGCAUCCUUAUAGAAAGCUGUCAGUCAUCAUUCUCCUCAGUCGUCCAAGUAUCGUCUUCUCCCCCCGUCAGAUCCUCUUCACCCCUGUUCCACUGUCAAAGAGCACAGAAACCAUGCUAUUCUUGCAAACUGCUGGCUAUCCAUGCGGAACAACCAUAUCGGCGGAAUGCGAAAAGGUGGAAACGAAGGAUGGAACUAAGAUCCAGCCUAUUUCUGUCAACUUUCCUCAUGGAAACCGUAUCUAUACCCAGAACAUCAGCGAGGGAACCAAAGUUAUCUCUCUACUGUGUGAAGUGUCGUUCUGCUCUGCUGUCCCGGUGUCAUUGUGCACAACCGUCACCUUCAGUGACCACAUGAAAAACAAAUUCAAGAUUAAGGUGUGUGCAGUUGCUGAGAACUGUCUGCUAACGGCCUGGCCCUACUUGGCGAUACACCACAACCAUCAACAUGUAGUUCUGCAAGCAGGAGCCACAUCUGUGGAGGCUAUUCUUCUGAACUAUAACACACCAAGUCCCGCAUCUGGCCCGAUCACAUCGUCAUCCUCGUCGUCAUCGUUUGACCACUACAGCUCAGCAUACUGCACCUCAGAUACCUUGUCAAAUUGUCACAGUAUGGAUGAACAAACCAGCAAAGAUGACAAUUCCUCUUCUAAAAGUGACACCCCAGCCAGUCUUUCUAUCCCAAGGUUCCCUGUUGCCAGGUCAGAAGAAACAAAAUUUUACCAGAAAGUAUUACUGACUGUAGAGAAGUGGUUUAGCCUCUAUGGAUGGCCCAGUGGAACAAACCCCAUAUGUGUACCUCACAGUCUCAGAAGAGUUGUGUUUGCAGUUCAAACAAGCGACUCCAUUGGGCGAGCGUUUAGUGUCACCCAAAAUAAAGAUACAAGGUCUGUAGUGGAUAUGCUUGAGCAUUUGACCGGCAGAAUGAUACCUCGUAUCCCUAUGUGCCAAACAUUUUCAAAAGAUAUACACCAGCGCACUACUCAGCUUCUGCUACAACAGAAUGAAGCUAUGCUGGAAUUUCUCAGGGUGCAGGGAGCCCGUCUUUGUCACAUCAAGCCUGAGUACCUGCUGGAUGUUGCGGAGUUUAAGCACUGGUGCUCCUUGCAGGAAAAAGACUCAGAGAAAUACUUGGAUUGUAACUUUUUUGACUUUUGGUCUCUGAGCAAACGCUCAUGGACUGAUGUGCUCCUGCAGAUCUACAAGGUUCUGGUGUUGAGUCAUGUACCAGAGGACACCCUACAUGAACCUUUGUACCCCAGGGACACAGAGGACGCCCUUCUUGAUGGCUCCCAUGCUCUGACCAGUACCAUCUACUCACUACGGGAGCUUCACUUGCUGUCAUGGCUUAACAUGAACUACCAGAAGAUGAGGAAGAUCGUGUGGGAAGCAGGUAGAGUCCCAACAUCACGCUGGAUCGUUAAUUUUGAUUUGGACUUCGCAGAUGGUCUGGUGCUUGGUGCGCUGAUUGCCGCUCACUGCCCUUAUCUGAUAAGAAGCCACUUCCGGAGGAUGUACACCACACCUUGCAACUCGCCGCAGAUCUUUCACAAUAGCAUUAUUGUGAUUCAAGCUUUAAUUUUACUUGGUCUCAGCUUAAACAUGAAGUCCACAGAGCUGUGUGAGAUUAACCCAGUGCAGACGUUAUUUCUGUGUGUUCACCUGUAUGAGUCUCUUCCUCAUUACAUGCCAUCAGAGACCCUCACUCUGUCAGGACGUCUGCACAGCACAUUCAGCAAGCAGGUGCGCCUGAAGAACCCUUCCUCCAGGCCGCUCAGAUACAAGGUCCUCCUUUUAGGAGAAGAUGCCCAUCUGUUCUCUGUCCCUGGUAGCUCUGUGGUCACCGUUCCCGCAGAGUCAGACUCUGAGCUGACCGUCCAGUUCAGGUGUUGCUUCCUGCGCCCCAUAAAGGCGGUUCUUCUGCUCAUCGCCAGCUCUGCUUUCGGCCUCCGCUGCGCCACGCUUGCUUUCAACCUUAAGACGUGUGUCACUCAAAUCACACCGAUAAAUUCACUCCAGUUGACUUCCCCAUGUUACCAACUCAAAGUGAUAAAUGUGCCACUGACCAACAAUUUCAACAAAAAAGCUUAUUUCAGGGUGGUGCUAGUGGAGUCUUCCUACAACCCACUUGGGCCUGAAAUGAGAAAAGAUAGGCUUUCUCAACAAAAGUCACCUAAUGACAGUGAGAAGGAGAAGGAUGCGACUUCCGAUACGGUUGGUGGAGCUCAGUUUGAAGAAGGAGAAAACAAUGAGUUCCUCAGUACAGAGAGGACUGUUUAUCUGAAGCCAGGCCAGCCAGGCAAUCUGAGGAUACUCUACAUGCCCUUCUUUAUAGGAACCAAAUACUGCUCUGUGCUGCUGCUCUCCCCCCAGGUGGGAGAUAUGGUGUAUGUGGUGAAGGCUACAUCAGAAAUUCCGCUUCCUUCCCCCCUUCCCGCGAGUCCAACUUUAAUUCCAGGGAAGUCUGACACAUGUGGGUCUUUCCUAAGCUUUCAAUGUACGGUUGGAGAAGUUUAUGAGGAGAUGCUGCGGGUGCCUCUGGUUAACAAGUCUCUGGAGGACGCUCUAGCUGUCUGGGCUCAGCAUUGCAUUAGCGCUAAAGAACGCGGGAGACGGAUUCUGACGCGCUCUUUGCACAGCAGUACAGUGAGAGCAGACAUAGCCACGCAGAAGCACCUCAAAUGUUCGCUCAUAGAAAGUAUUUACUACAAUGAAGCGUUGCGGUACAAAGUGGAAGUUUCUUUGCCGCAUUUCUUUGAUCUUCCCAAGACUGUUACCAUACCUGUAAAAGAAAGCAUAAAUGUACCAUGGGACGCUUUAACAGUGUGUGACUGUGUGGACAUCCCACUGCGUUUCCAGGCACACUCAGUGGGGGAGCUCACCUGCAACGUGGUGCUAACGUCCUGUUUCGAUACCAGAGUGUACCAACUCAAGGCUUUCGUCACUCAGCGGGAAAAUGCAACUCACUUGGACUUCAGUUCACCAGCUCUGCAGUCAGUCACACAGCACAUACCUUUGCUCAAUGAGACUCUUCAGAACUGGAGUGUGCAAGCUGAAGUGUGCGGCGAAGGAUUCUCAGGCCCAGACGUCGUAGAUGUUCCCGCAGGAACAAAACAGAUCUACCCCCUCACCGUCCUUCCCACCUCCCAAUGCAUUGCUACGGGCAGGCUGUGCUUACACAAUGACUUUGACGGCACGGAACACGUGUUUACCCUCAGAAGAGUGGGAGAGCCCCCCCUGCCGCUGGAUCAUAUCGUGUUAUCCUGCCCAGUGGGGAAGACCACAUACGCUAAGCUGGACAUCCCCAACUACACCCAGAAAACCCUCACUCUCAGGGCAGUGACAGACCUGCCGAUUGUGAGUGGUAGCCCUUCUCUAGAGAUUAGCCCUGAACAAGGCUCUCCAUACACCCUGGCUGUGUCCCCUUGGAAACGAGGAGAAUACACAGGCUCAGUAUCAUUUAUUGAACAUGGUGACAUGGAUGAGAGAGAGAACAACAAAGGAAAUUCAAUUGGAAACUACAUAGUUAUUUUUUCACUUGUGGUCAAUUGUAAACCAGAAGCACCAAUCAAGGUCAUUGAUGUACAGUGUGUUGCUAAGCAUUUUGGCAGUGAGUGGUACCAAGCUGGACAUCCUGGUGGCAGACAGAACUACAGACCUCCCUAUCAACAAGGCAAAAAGCAAAGAAACAGGAAGGAGCCGGAGUAUUCCCAUUACUGCGACACCUGUGACCGGGGCUUUAAGAACCAGCAAAAAUACGACGAGCACGUUUUUCAGCAUGUCAAGUGUUCUGUACCUGACUGCAACUUCAUGGCUCAUGAAAAGCUGGUCGCCAUUCACUGGAAGAACAGCCAUGCACCAGGGGCCAAAAGAAUCAAGCUGGAUACUCCAGCAGAGAUUGCUAAAUGGAGAGAGGACAGACGCAAAAACUACCCGACGGUUCAGAAUGUCGAGAGGAAGAAAAGAGUCAUGGAGGUGCAGGAGCAGAUCGGAGGCGUUCUUGAAACGACUCAGUUUGGGCGCAUGAGAGGCAGAGGGAGAGGCAGAGGCAGAGGCAGAGGACGUGGUUGGGGUAACAGAGGGCCCCUCCCUUUAAACAGCACUGCUGCAGAGACCCCCAAACCACUCAACCAUCUUUCCAAGAUGGGAGAUCCAUUGGGAGUGCUGGCCAGUACUGACCAAGAUUCAGAUAAAGAGGAGCCCAGUACGGCUGACCUGGUUGUGGCCCCGAAACAGAUGAGCUCAGCCCUUGGGUCAUUACUGGCAAACUACGGUUCUAUGAGUGAAAGCGACGAGGAACCAGAAGAUGUCCCCAUUCUGAGAGCCAAAGAAGUUGUCAGAGAAAACGAGACCCUCCUAAACAAAAUGACACCAACUUCCGAGGACAGUCGGUGCUCUAAACAUGUGGAAAGGCCCGGCGCGACUCGGGCAGUUCCUCAACCAACCUCUGGCCCCAUCAUGUGGAAUGAGAGAAGAGGAGGAGGGAGGAGAGGAGGAAGGGGACAAAGACGCAGAGACAUGCCUCAAUCACGCCGCGCGACUUUACUGGAAAUGUUACUGGCCCCAGACAUUCGCCACGAGAGGAAUGUUCUGCUGCAGUGUGUACGAUAUGUCGUCCGCAACCACUUUUUCGGGCUGGAAAACGGAUCUCAGGACCGAGAGGAGAUGAAUCAGGAAAACAUGACAGUUACUGCAGCCAGUGAGCUUGAAGAAAGGCCUGUGUCCCGAUCAGACUCCAGUGUUCACCAUGAGAGACAUUUUGAAACUAUAAUUGUCCCGGACAGCAAAGAUAUUGAAGUUUUAGGCAGUGAAUCUGCUGAAAGAACUGAAGAAAGUUCUAGAGAGUCUGUCCAAAGUAUUGAAGAAAAGACUGCCACGGCCCACAGCGGUCAAGAUCCCACCAGCACAAAUAAUAUCACAUCUAAAUCUAAUGUCUAUGAUGAUGAAAUAUGGGAAAUGGAUGGCUGUUCUUUGAAAUAAUUUUUGUAAGACAUUAGGUUGAAGUGUAUAAUUAUUUUUCUUGUAAAGAGAAUCAUUUUGUUGCUUUUUGUUGUAGGUGGACCUAUUAAUUUUGUUGUAGAAUAAAUACGUUUACUUACAAAAUUGUUAAA